GUGUGACCUUUGCGGACAUCGCUGUGCACUUCUCCUGGGAGGAGUGGCGGCUCCUGGAUGAGACCCAGAGGCACCUGUAUCUCGAUGUGAUGCUGGAGAACUUUGCUCUGAUAGCCUCCCUGGGUUGCUGCUGUGGAGCAGGGGAUGCAGAGGCGCACGUGCGACGAGACCUUUCUGCACGCGAGUCCCAGCGCCGCACUCCCAAGGCGGCGCCUCCUUCCCAGAAGGCCCACCCCUGUGAGAGGUGCUGUCCAGUUUUGCAGGACAUUUUCCACUGGGCUGAGCACCAGGGAACGCAGCUCAGCCAGAAACAGCUGAGGUGUGGGGCGUGUGCAACAAGCUUUCCUUUCAGUGCACACCUGCAGCAGCAGCAGCUGCACACGGAGGGGCGCCCUUUCAGGAGCCGCGAGGGCACAGCCUGCGCUGUGAAGAGCUUCGGUGUCCACGUGUCGGGAAAGCCCUCCACAGGCCCGGGAGGUGGUAGGGACUUGCCGCUGCCCGCAGGACAGCUCCCACAGAACAGCACGCUUGCCGGGGAGACACCGAGCAGAAUCCCCCUGCGCAGGACAGCUGUCCAGAGCAGGACGCCUCGCGCCGCCUGCGGGCUGCGCACCAAAGGUUCUCGUCCCAAACUCACGCCCGUUCAGGACCAGGGAGGCCACGCGGGAAGGCAGGGUUUUGUGUGCAGCGAGUGUGGGAAGACGUUCAGGGACAAACCCUCCUUUGUCGGGCACCAGAGACUCCACGCCGCAAAGAGACUUCACGAGUGCACUGAGUGUGGCAAGUCCUUCAAGCGCAGCUCCACCCUCAGCAAACAUCAAAGAACGCACAUGCGGGAGAGGCAGCACACGUGCAGCAGGUGCGGGCGGCCCCUGAGCCAGAGCUGGCACGGUGGCGAGAGCAGCUCGGCGUGCAGUGAGUGUGCGCAGUCUUUCACCUACAGUUCCGUGUUCAUUCGCUGCAGGAGAGUACAAACGAGAGAAAAGCCGUACAAGUGUAGUGACUGCGUAAAGUCUUUCACCUCUGUGUCUGCCCUCGCCUAUCAUCGGCGCUCUCACACAGGAGAGAGGCCUUAUGAGUGCACGGACUGUGGGAAGUCGUUUAUCUCCAGGCCUGACCUCCGCUACCAUCAGAGAGUUCAUUCUGGGGAAAGGCCUUUCGCGUGCAGUGAGUGCGGGAAGUCUUUUAUCACUCGUACUGCUCUGCGAUACCAUCACAGAGUUCACACUGGGGAGCGGCCUUACCAGUGUGCUGAGUGUGGGAAGGCCUUCACCCGAAGAAAUAACCUCAUCAUCCACGUGCGAGUGCAUUCGGGAGAAAGGCCCUUUGAGUGCAGUGAAUGCGGCAAGUCUUUCACUUUUAGUUCCAGCCUCCGUUACCAUCAAAGAGUUCACACAGGAGAGAGGCCCUAUGAGUGCAGUGAGUGUGGGAAGUCCUUCAACAACAGGUGGACCCUCAUUCGACACCGGAGAAUUCACACUGGAGAAAAGCCUUACGCGUGCAGUAAAUGCGGGAAGUCCUUUACUUGUAGCUCCACCCUCCAGUACCAUCAGCGAGGUCACCUUGGGGAGAGGCCUUACGAGUGCGCCGAAUGUGGUAGGUCUUUCACUACGAGCUCUGCCCUCCGCUACCAUCAGAGUGUCCACUCGGGGGAGCGGCCUUAUGAGUGCACCGAAUGUGGAAAGUCCUUUAUCUCCAGGUCUGACCUCCGUUACCAUCAGAAAGUUCAUUCUGGGGAAAGGCCUUACGAAUGCAACGAGUGUGGGAAAUCCUUUAUCCGAAGAAAUAACCUUAUUUUACAUCAGAGGGUUCACACGGGAGAAAGACCUUACAAGUGUAGUGAGUGUGGGAAGUCUUUUAACAAUAAGUGGACACUCAUUCAGCACCAGAGGGUUCACACAGGAGAGAAGCCUUAUGUGUGCACUGAAUGUGGGAAGGCCUUCACCUGCAGCUCCACCCUCUGCUACCAUCAGAGAGUCCAUGAAGGAAAAAGGCCUUACGAGUGCAGCGAGUGUGGGAAGUCAUUUACUUCUAGUUCCACCCUUCGCUAUCACCAGAGAGCUCACACGGGAGAAAGACCUUACGAGUGCGGCGUCUGCGGGAAGUCUUUCACCUUCAGUGCCAGCCUCCGAUAUCAUCACAGAGUUCACACCGGGGAGAGGCCUUAUGAGUGCAGCGAGUGUGGGAAAACCUUUAAGGAUAAAUCCCAGUUCAAUAAACACCGGAGAGGCCACACGGGAGAAAGGCCUUUUGAGUGUAGUGAAUGUGGAAAGUCUUUUAUUCACAAAUCUUCCCUUUCGAUACACCAGAAAAUUCACAACAGAGACAGGUCUUACGAGUGUAGGGCAUGUGGGAAAUGUUUCACCUCUCUCUCUGGUCUCGGUUAUCAUCAGAGGGUUCACAAAGGAAUAAAGCCUUACCAGUGCAGUGAGUGCGGAAAGUCUUUUACCAAUAGUUCAAUACUGAUCCGACACCAGAGAGUCCACACGGGAGAGAGGCCUUAUGUGUGUGGCGAAUGUGGGAAGUCUUUUACCAGUAGUGCAACCCUGUCUUACCAUCAGAGAGUUCAUGCCGGAAAAAGGCCUUAUGAGUGCAGUGAGUGUGGGAAGUUUUUUAUGCGAAAAUCUACCCUCUCUCAGCAUCAGCGAGUUCACGUCAGAGGAAAACCUUAGGUGCACAGUUCCCUUGAUGCUGGAGGGGUCUGAGCUGCCGGUCGGGGUGAGUCACAGGCCUCUGUAGGCCCAGCGCAGCAUUGCCCAUGUUUCGGGGCCAUGGUUAGCACUUAGUCUCUCCAGGGCUCUCUAGGUUUUUGUCACUGACUCUGAUGGUCAAAGCCAUUUCAUCCUACCACCUGGCAGGACUGUGCCAGUCACGGCGCCGUGCGCUCUUGGCAGCUGGCUCUUCUCCCAGGUGUUGGAAAGAGGAGGGUAACCGAGUGUGGGAAGGGUCAGCUCUCCCGCCUUCUACUUUGGACAUGGACGUGAGUCGUUGUGAACAUGGAGUUCAGCUGGCGGCGUGCAGAAAAGUGACGACCUUUUCAGGGCUGUGCUGAUCUCGUGGCCACUUGUGAUGGCGUUUCCGGCUCCCAAGUCACAGACCUGAGUACUGUCUGACACAUUGUGUGGUUUGUACAACAAUUGGUUUUAAACCUCGGGUGUUCUGUUUACUCUGUAGUUUAUAAAAGCAGAUUUGGGUUACACAGGCAUGAAAAUGGGACUAGGGUGGCAGGAAACGACAUGCGCUUGGCCCAGUUUGCAUCGCUGCCCACAGCUCCUAGAGAAGGCUACAGGGCUUUCCUGUACUUAGUGAAAGCCUGGGCACCUACUAUUUCAGGAGUCAGAGUGACUCCCAGAAGGGCUGGCAUGAGCACUUUGGAAAGCUGGUGACGCAGCCCUCCCCCCGCCUCCACCCGACUGAGGAGACGGCAUGUCAUGCCAGGACCGAGCUGGGGGCGGCGCAGGGUUCCCUACACUUCGAGCAGCAGGGGCCUGCUCCCCAGUGUGCUGUAGUUCGGGAGCACUGGUGUUAGGACUGCGCGGCCUGCAGAAAAUCAUCUUGUACGGCAACACUGGACUGUAGGGAGUGCAGGUGCCUGCGGCCAACUUGAUCAAAUGCGAGUCCUCGAACAGUGCAUGCGGAAGUGUUCUGGGACUGUGCAGUGUCACUUUGGACACAGAGCCCAGGACCUGCAGGUGAGCUUUGCUUGUGUGCCUAAAGUCUGUCACAAAACGAAACCAAAAGAUUUUGAGGGCGAGGUUGCUUCUCUCCGGCUGACCCCAAGGCCCGCCUGCACAGCCAGGGGCGUGGUCUGUGGCUCGGGCCUGCUCCUCCCUACUGCUCCCCCUCGCUGAACACUCCUCCCGGGAACUUCUGAGCAGGGAGAUGGGGUCAGUGUGGGGGUCACCACCCCUAUUUUCCGAAAAGAGGUACAUGGAUCUUUUUAAAAUCUUGAGCCAGUUUUUCAAGGUGUUAAAGUUCCAUGCAUGUAAUAAACUGCACAUUUGAGUGUGUGCUGACCUGGGGACUGAGCCCAUGUGUUCCUGACGAAGACGACCUUUUGUGAUCUCUGUCAUCUUGUCUCUACUGUUCUCACCUCACGGAAGCCCUGACUUGAUUAACAUAGCUGUGUUUUCUUAGAUUCAUAUGAUUGCAAUUUUCCCCUCUAACAUGUCAUAAUUUUACGAUACGCCCAUCAUAAGUAGCGUUUUGGGGAGGGGGCUGAGUAAUGGUUUUGGAUAGACCACAGUUUUUCCAUUUAGCUGUUUUCUGGGUGUUUAUUUCUCGGAUUUGAGAAUUGAGGUUAAAGCUGUACAAAGGGAGUGUUCGUUACAUGAAUCUCACCUUCUGUUCGUAAUUGAGGCGGUGUCUGAGCAGUGUAGGAGUGUGUGGACUUCUGAAGAAAGAUAAGUUUGUGAUCUAAUAAGGUUGUGCCUUGUGCCUCUUACCUGGCAGGCCGUGUGAAUUCACGCCGCAGCCUUGUAAGCACAUGGCUUCGAGGGUGGUUUCCAGUAAGUUUGAACGUUACCUCAGUUGUUUUAAUUACAUUUCUGGGAGGGGGCGCGGUGAGUGUUUGGAUAUUCAUUAGCUUUUAUUUCUUAGCUGAAGUGUCCACUCAUC